CAGCUUAACACGAUUUGGCAAUCUGUAUACCGCCCCCUAUCGGACAGGUUAAUGAAUAUGGCGACCAGGUAAACAACGAGUUUAUGUCAAAGGAAACUGUCAAGGUGUGGCUGUCGUGAAUAUCAAGAACAGUUUAUUUAUUGGCCAUAAACACAGCAAUAUGGAUACUGCUGGAUUUUCCGAUAAUUUUGAUGGAUCGGAAUUCAAUGCACACAGAAGCAUAAAAACGUCUUCAGAAAACAACGAAGGGUAUGGGGGCUUCGACAAUCCCUGUUUGGAAGAGGAAGAUCCUCCAGCAACCCUCCCUGUUACCCAAGACGACAUCCACAUCGAAACACCUCCCCAAAGUAACGGAAACACCCAUCAAAAAACAGCUAAUUCGUCAUCAUUGGCAAUGACGUCACUUCCUGUUUUAUAUACCACAGAGACAGGUGGUUCCAAAGUAGUAAAGGAACAAGUUGUAAUCGGAGGAUCAAAUGGAAAUGUGAUUCAAACCCAACAGACGUGCUGCCAAAACGUCCCCGAGAGAUGGAGGGAUAUAGAACGCCAAAAACCUUUGACACAAAAAAGAAUCAAAGUCUUGCAGAUACUUAGUAUCCUAGCGAUUAUAUUCUUCUUCCCUCUUGGAAUUCCAGCAGUUAUUUUCGCAUUUAGACUUCAGAAAACCCUAAAUGAAGGUAUAAUGCAAGGAAAUAUUGACAAGGCACUUAGUUUGGCCAAACGGGUAGAAAGGCUGAUCAUUUUUGCGGGACUUUUUGCUAUAUUGACAGCCAUCCUGGUUUUCGCACUGGUGGAAAGAGCUUUUAUGACGGAAGACGAGCUGAAGGCAAAUACGAGAAAUCGUGUCAUGCCAGGAUAAUGGUGCAUAUCUACUGGAGAUUCUUCAGAUAUAUUGUUUAAGUAUUGCAUACUCCAAAGCAAUAGUCUAUGCUAUUAUAGACACACGAGCAAAGUAUUCCCAAUUAUAUUGAGUGCCAAAUAUUUCAGUGGUAUUUUGGCAAUAUCUAUUGUUAUUGCAUUUUCCCUAUUAACAGAAUCUCAUAAUUCAUCAGUGUUUAGUUACCAAGGAGAUUAAUUUCUUUGUCAAUUUAUUUACACUUCAACACAUAUAUUGUUUUGUCAUUUUUCUCGUGUUAUGUGCGAGGUUCAUAUAUUUUGGGCAAUGCUGUUGCUUUUUUGCUGCGUCUAAAUCUUUACAAUCUAGAUGUUUAUUUUAAGAAUCUCAAGGAAUAUAUAGACCAUGUAUAAUAGGCGGAAGUAUUAAAAUGUCAGAACAUGCUUUAGUUGCAUAAUUUAUUGCACUAAACGUGCAGUUAUCAAUUGAACGAUUUAAGUGAAAACUUUUAGGUGCAUUUCCCUUGAUAUAUUGUAUUUUGUUAAGUAGGCAACAGUUUUGUAGUAACGAUUUUUAAAGAGACAAGAAAGGGAGGCGGGGGGGGGGGGGCAAUGCAAACCCCAUCCUAAAUUCUUCCGAGAUUUUACAUAUCUUUACAAGAAAAACACGGUAUACGGCCACUUGUUUAUUAGUUUCCUUAUCAAGCAAGAGAAAGUUUCAUUAUCAUAUAUGGAUUGGGAUAAAUUUCCAAUGAGUACUGGUAUUAAAAAGGUUUCAUUUUUACACGACGUGUAUUUGAAAAAGGGUGAUGUGAUAUAUAUUUUAUUCAUAUGAUAUUAAAUUUUGUCAUGCAUUUUAUGCAAUUAUAUUUUAUUAGUUUUGAUUUUUUCCUCAAGGAUCUGAAAAUUAUCAGACAGGCACUCUUGAAUUGUUCUUUUCUAAAAUAUUGUUUAUUAUGUUUAAUGUGAUAGGUUAUUACUCUCAGAGCUAUGGUCCAGAAAAUUCUUUACGGCAAAACAAGUUACUAUAUACAUGCACAUGUAUUUUAGACUUAAAAUAUAUAUGCCAAACAAAUACAUGUAUAGCAAUGGUUUUCAUUCAUAGUCUUUUUUAUUAUCAUAUUGAAUUUGUGUCUUAUCUACAAAAAUAUUUUACCAUGUCUGCAUAAUUGUCAUGUAAUUUCAUUAUACAAGACAUUCGAAGCCAAAUUUCAGUAUGAAUUAACACUUUACCCGAUUGAAUGUUCUAUGCAUGACAGAAAUAAAAAAAAAAUGUAAUUUUGAA